CUGAGUCCAUUCUCACGUGGUGAUUACUCCAUAGUUUACUCAACAAUAAUCGAGUGCCUGCAAAUAUUUAUUUACAUUCAGAUUGAAGAUGCACAGUACAGAGACUCCUCCAAUGUCACCAGGUCUUGAAGAUGACCUGGAUGAGGAAGACAUGGUCUACGUCGGUGACGUUGACGAAGUCAUUGAUUCAUUAGAAAACGAUGGGCCAAUGGAAGACGAAGACCCGGAGGUUGACGAUGCCAUAACAGUAUUCAGCAGUCAUCACAAAUCUGUGUUCUGUGGGUCGUUGACUAGAGAUGGGAAAUUGGCAGCCACCGGUGGAGAAGACGAUAUGGCGUAUGUCUGGGAUACAUCUUCUGGAGAAGUGAUCCAUGAGUGCAUUGGGCACAAAGACAGCAUCAUUUUUGCAGAGUUCAAUAAAGACGACAGUUAUUUAGCUACUGCAGAUAUGAGUGGAGGUAUUCAAGUUUGGAGGAUGAAUGAUAAAACCGUUGUGUGGGAUUUCGAAAUUGGUGAUGCAGCUUGGGUAAGGUGGCAUAAACAAGCGAAUGUUUUAUUCGCUGGUAGUGUAGCAGGGGAAAUAUACAUGUGGAGAAUUCCCACUGGCGAGUGUAAAAUAUUCCAGGGCAAUGGGCAGAAGACUGAGACUGCCGAAGUGUGUGCAGAUGGUCAAAGACUCGUUGCAGGCUACGAAGACGGUGCCAUCAGAGUCAUGGACCUGAAAGAAGGAACCAUCCACACAACGAUCCUUCCAAAUAUAGCGCACUCAGCUCCCAUCACCGACCUAGACUGUCAAUUCGACAGUAAAUUAAUCGUAUCCGCUGCCACUGACGGCAAAACCGUUCUCAGUACAGUGGCCACUGGAAAAGUAGUUAGUGUCCUGCAACAUCUCCAAGAGAACAAACAAGGGAGCACUGAAGAAGGCACGAGUGAAGAAUCAAAAGCAGAGGAUUGGAUCGAAGCAGUGGCUUUCUGCAAAAAUCCAGAGCUCCAUUUAGUUGCCACUGGUACUCUCAGUGGGGAAAUAUAUAUUUGGGAUGUUUCCAGGCAGGUGGUUAGACAUAAGAUCACGCAAGAAGGUGGAGUCAGCAAACUCGUCUGGAAAGGAACUAGCCCCAUUCUGUUUUCUGCUGGUUUGGAUGGAGUUCUCAGGUGUUUCGACGCUAGAACUGCAGAGCUUGUCAAAUCUUUUUGUGGUCAUAGCCAGGAUAUCUUGGACGUCUUUAUCUCUAGGGAUGGAUCCAAAAUUUUGACGACUUCUGACGACUCAACAGCCCGAAUAUUCGAUGUAUCUGGAUAUUAAUUAAACGCCGAUGGCUUUAAUAGGGCAAAUCCAAAAGAUUCACGACAUUCUGUUAGAAAAAUAUGUCAAAUAAUAUAUUGUACCUUCACAGUGAUUAUGUACAAUUAAAGUCUAUUUGUUUUUAUUAGAG